AUGAAAGCGCGUGUGCAGCAGAGAUGGAGACCUGCUGUUACGGGUGACCGAGGAGCGGACCGAGGAGCGGACAGGACCGCAACGGAUUUAACGUGCUUCAAAUGUGGAUUGAAGGGGCACUUGGCCAGAGCCUGUCAGCGCAGACUGUGGUGCAGUUACUGCAGGAGCACUACGCACCGGGACACCACCUGCAGGAGGAAACAGCGCAAAGACCGGGACGACGCUCACAAAGCCUCCGAGGAGUCUGCAGGAGACCAGGAGAACGCUUUCAGAGCGAGCGAGGGGUCUGCAGGUGUCGACAUGAAGGGCCUGAUGGUCGACUGCGGGGCAACCUCGCAUAUAAUUACAGAUCUCGCAAAGUUCCAGAGGUUCGAAGCUGUGGCAGGCAUCUGCGCACCACGCUGA